AGAUACAUUUGGCAACAGAAACAAGCGCGAUAUAACCCCAAGUGGGAAACAUGGGAGAAGCCAUGACAAGGGGUGCAACUGCCAAGCUCAUGAAAAAGGCUUUUUUGGAGGCUCUGCAAUCCAAUGACUACAGAACACUGGAACAGUAUUUGAUUCAAAAGCAAAUAGAUGUGGACACGGUGUUUGAAGUGGAGGAUGAGGACCUGCUGUUGGCAUCCUACAAACAAGGCUACUGGCUUCCUAGUUAUAAAUUGCAACAUUCUUGGGCGACUGGCCUACAUUUAUCUGUCUUGUAUGGCCAUCUGGAGAGUCUGAGAGUCCUGUUGAAGCACAAAGCAACCAUCAACUGCAGACCCAAUGGCAAAGCAGCAAUCCACAUCGCCUGUGAAGUAGGCAACCUGGAUUGUGUCAAGAUCCUCUGCAGUCAUGGAGCAAAAAUCAACUGCUAUUCACUGAGUGGUCUUGCCCCACUGCAUUUUUGUUCUACAAAACUGUCUAUACCUUGUGCCCAACAACUAAUAUGGAGAGGUGCAGAUGUGAAUAUAAAGACAAACAAUCCAGAGGAAGAAACCCCCCUCCACACAGUCACUCGUUGUGGCAUCCCUGAAAUGGUGGCUUUUUACGUAGAGCAGGGCGCUGCGGUUGAUUCUCCAAACGCCCACAGAGAAACCCCGCUGGCUUGCGCUGUUUAUUGGGCCCUCAAUGGUAAGGAACAGACCUACAGCUCAGACCACCAUCUGAUCUGUAGGAUGCUGCUCGACUACAAAGCAGAUGUCAAUUCACGGGACGAAGAUUUCCGGACGCCACUCCACAAGGCGGCCUGGAACUGUGACCAUGUACUGUUGGACAUGUUGCUUGAGGCAGGAGCAGAAGCCAACCUGAUGGAUGACAACGGUUGUGCUCCCUUACAGUAUGUACUGAAAGUGACAGGUGUGCGAGCAAGUGCCCAGCCUGAGGUUUGUUAUCAGUUGCUUCUAAAUCAUGGAGCUGCAAGGAUCUAUCCUCCACAAUUCCAUAAGGUUUUGCAGGCCUGUUCUUCUUAUCCCAGAGCAAUUGAGGUCAUUGUGAAUUCAUAUGAACACAUCAAGUCCACAAGCAAGUGGCGAGCAGCUAUACCUGACGAUGUCUUUGAGGUGUACAAGGAUUUUUACGAGUCUCUUUUUGAGGUGUGUGCAAAUACACCAAGAUCAUUGAAGCAUUUAACCCGAUGUGCUAUUCGAAGAAUACUGUUCAGCAAAUGCCACAAAGCAGUCCCUUUACUUUUCAUUCCACCCACACUUAAGAAGUAUUUGCUCUUAGAACCAGAAGGAAUAGUAUAUUAAGCUUUGUCAAAUAUGUUUUCUGAUCAUUUAAGUUUGUCAUACCGAAGUGUGCUGACAUGGAAGGAGUUGAAUUCAAAGUUUUGAUGACAAAGCCAGACCCCAAGUUCAUGGCCAAAAUUUUAUACACGGGAUCUGAGUCCAUAUAGCUCCUGAUUACGCAAAAAGCUUGAAUCUACUGGGCACUGAAGUUAACAUUUGCAGAGCUGUUUCAUGAUAGAUCUCACUUGCCACCCAAAGCAAUAAAUGGAACAGUGGGGGGAAAAUUAGGUCAAAUUUUCCAUCUGUUCUCAGAUUUAUGUGACUGAACUACAUGUAUAACUGCUUUGAAAAUUCUAGUUUUCAGUGAUCCAUACAAAGCAAAUCACAUGGAGAAUUAUGUGAUUAAAAGACCAUGAUUUUAUUUUAAUAACCUUUGGAAUAAAGAACUAAUCCAAAUGCCAGCAUCUAGUGGCUAGCCAGAACUAUCCAUUUAUUAAAACAAUGUGCUGAAACUGA